GGAGGGCGCAGGCGAGUUUAUAAAGAGCAGUUGAGCUCGUUUCAUCGUCAUGAGUUUUGCAUUACAAUCCUAACGGAGCUGCUGAUAUAAUGGCAGACAUGAUUGUUGCUCACAGUCCUGGUCGCAACAGAACAAGGAGCAUGGAUCAGCCUCCUCGGCUGAGUGAUCUGAGGAUUGUUCUUCUGGGGAAGAGCGUGUCAGAAAAUAGUCGAGUGGGAAACUUUCUGUUGGGACGAGCAGCGUUUGACAGUGAAGCUCCUCCAGAUGUUGUAGAGAGAGUCGGAGGAAAACUGAAGGACAGACACGUGAGAGUCAUCAACAGUCCUCAGCUGCUCCAGACACAUCUGUCACUCCGUCACAUCACACAGACAGUGAGAGAGUGUGUGAAUCUGUCUGAUCCAGGACCUCAUGUCUUUAUACUCGUACUGCAGCACAAUGACUUCACUGAAGAAGACACAUACAGAGUGAAAAUUAUUCUGAAAGAAUUCAGCGAAGAGGCGAUUAAACGCACCAUAGUGAUCACGACUGAUGAAGAGACACACGACGCUAAAGGUGCUCCUGUGAAAGUUAAUAAAUUAAUUCAACAGUUAAACACUGAAUAUGGAGGAGGACAUCUGCAUCUUGAACAUGAAAUAGAGAAAUGGUGCUCUAUAAUGUUGCAACAAAUACAGAAGAUUCUCAGAGAAAACAGUGAAGAAUUUCUCACAUGUGAACUAUAUGAUUACGCAGAAGGAUCAUCAGUGGAUGAAGAUUUGAACAGAUCUUUUGCUUCUCUCAGAACAGAGGAGGAAGAUUCUGAUGCAGACGAUGAUGGAAAACACAGAGAAAGUCAUACAGAGAAAAAGGAAGCAGGUUUUCGUCGCAAUAUACCACUAAUUUCCUAUUUUAGUAAUCCAGACACCAGAUCAGAGCAUUCAGCAAAGAGAAGUGUAUGUGUGAGCAGAAAACUGUGUGUUGUGUUGUGUGGAAGUGAUGCAAGACUGAAGGCCUCCAUAUCAAAACUUAUAAGAGGAAAAAAGAAGUUUCUUCCCUCCUUACACCUGAAAGAGAAAGAGUGUGUGAGGAGAGAUGUGGAGCUUCAUGGACAUCUGAUCAGUCUGGUGAAGCUUCCAGCUCUCAGUCAGCUCUCAGAGGAGGAAGUGAUGUGUCAGACUCUCCGCUGUGUGUCUCUCUGUGAUCCUGGAGUUCAUGUUUUCCUCUUCAUUAUUCCUGAUGCUCCACUGACUGAGGAAGACAAAGCAGAAAUAGAGGAGAUCCAGAGGAUAUUCAGCUCAAUAUUCAACAAACACAUCAUGAUGCUCAUAAUCCAAGAAAAGAGCUUGCUUAGUAAACUGAUUAGCAGUAAAAGUAGUCCAUAUAAUACUUCAGAGUCUCUUCAAACAUUUGGAGGUCAUUGUUUUGUUCUGGAGAACAGCUCACAGGUUCCAGCUCUACUGCAGGAUGUAGAGAAUAUGGUACAGGAGAACAAAGGAAGUUUCUACACAACAUUUAUGUACCUUCAGGAUCGAGUAGAACUGGAGAGAAACAAACACAGAGCUGAAAUAGAGGAACUGAGAAAAUCUAUAACUCAAUCAGGUUUAACACACAGUGAUGUUGGUGUGAGGGUUGUUUUGCUGGGAAAGACGGGUGUUGGAAAAAGUGCAACAGGAAACACCAUACUGAGAAAAACAGCUUUUAAAUCAAAACUGACUUCACGCUCAGUGACCAGAGAGUGUCAGAAAGAAACAUCUGAGUUCAACAGAAGACAGAUAACUGUGAUCGACACUCCAGGACUGUUUGAUACUGGAGUUGAUAAUGUUGAGAUCAGGAAGGAGAUUGUGAAGUGUAUCUCAAUGGCGGCACCUGGACCACAUGUGUUUCUGCUGGUGCUUCAACUGGGACGAUUCACUCAAGAGGAGAAAGAUGCAGUGAAGAUGAUCCAGGACACUUUUGGAGACAAAUCCAGAAUGUACACCAUAGUACUGUUCACCAGAGGAGAUGAACUUAGAGGAGCAAGUGUUGAAAAUUUUAUUGAAGAUGAUGAUAUUUUAAGGAACGUUGUCCAACAGUGUGGAAAGAGAUACCAUGUGUUCAACAACACGGACACUAAAGAUCAAAAACAGGUUUCUGAGCUGCUGGAUAAGAUUGACUGUAUGGUGGCAGUAAAUGGAGGGAGUUUCUACACCAAUGAGAUGUUCCAGCUGGUGGAGAAGAACAUCAAAGAAGAACAAGAGAAAAUACUGAAAGAGAAAGAAGAGGAGAUCAAGAGAAAAGAAGAAGAGCUGAAAACAAAAUAUGAAGCUGAAAUAGAACAAAUGAAGAAAGAAAGCGAGAGAGAAAGACAAGAGAUGCAGAAUGAACUGAGAAAAAGUGAAGAGGAAUUCAAAAAGAAAGAAGAGGAAAUCAAGAAAGAAAAGGAUGAAAACCUACAAAAAGAGCUGCAGAGAAAACUGGAGGAGCAGCAGAAACUGUUUGAAGAAGAGACUAAAAGAAAAGAGAAAGCUUUAGGAGAACAACAACAGAACUUCAUAAAAUACCUGGAAGAAAAACAUGAGAAAGAAAAACAAAAACUCAAGGAGAAAAUUCAACGUGAAACUAGAGAACAAGCAGAGCAUGAAUAUCUUGUUAAACUUGAGAGAGAAGUAGCUAAUUCUUUGAAAGAAGCUGAAGAAAAACUACCAUGUAAUGCAAGACGAGCUCGUGACUGGAGUCGGUAUGGAGGUUUUUUAGGAGCAGCGGCUGGAAGUGUUGUUGGUUCUUAUGAAGACAUUGUGUGUUGGAUUAUCAGCUUACGUUCUAAAUGUCAAGAUAAAAUUGAAACUGAAGGGUGAGUUCAGGUAAAUUUGGAGAAAUCAUCUAGACCACAUACUAAAAUAUCUGUGCACAUAAUGCUUAAUUUUUCCAAAACCAUUCUUUUUGUAUUGUGAUGGUUUUGAGUGAUAUUUGUGUAACUCACUUCAUCUCACAUACAGUAUUGACUUUGUUUGCUUGCUUGAUAUAGCUCUUUGGUUUUCAUGUUAUUGGACUUUGCACACUGGAUUGUGGAUUACUCUCACUUUUCUCUUUCAAAUGAACUUGCGCAUGGAUCAUAACUCUUUGAGUUCAGCAGUUGUGUUGCAGAAGACUUCAAGAAAUCCAGUAGAACUUCAAACACUUAGAACCACAGUAGCAUUUCAGUAUCACAGCAGUAAAUCACUUCAUAUUUCUUUUCCGAGUCCAACAACAGGAUUGGCUAUUUGUGUUUCAUGAUUUGGAACAAUAUCACCCAUUAGAACAUGCAGAAACUAAGAAAUUUAUUUUUCGAUUAAUAGACUUUAUUUUGUUAAGGAAAAAAAAGACUGAAAAAGUGUAAAGAAUUAAAAAAUAUUUUGAAUGUUCUAUCUCCGAUUUGUGAAAUGUUCACCUGUUUGGCAAAUGUUUGUCAUGUACUGACAAUAAAGAGUUGUUUAAAACCACAA